AUGUCUCUGUCGUGCCCGUGGGCGUGUGGCUGCCGGCUCGCCGCCGCGGACUGCGCGCACCGCUCGCUGCUGCACGUGCCCAAGAAGCUGCCUAUAGAUGCACACCGACUAGAUCUCCAAGGAAACAAUAUCUCUAUUAUUUUCCAGAGCGACUUUCAGAACUUAAAGGAUUUAAAAACACUGCAAUUAUCUGAAAACCAAAUACACACCAUCGAGCGAGAUGCAUUUUUGGAGCUCACCGCAUUGGAGAGACUAGACCUAAGCCGAAACGAGCUGACAGCGAUCAGUCGACGAACCUUCCGUGGUCUGUCGGCCCUCAAGAGUCUACACCUGGAUGGAAACCAGCUCAAAUGCAUCGAUGAAAAGGCGCUGGAAAACUUAAAAAGCCUCGAAGUACUAACCUUAAACAACAACAACUUGACGUACUUGUCGCUGGAGCCGGCAGCAGUUGCGCGACUACACACGCUGCGACUGACCGACAACCCGGUCGUAUGCGAUUGUCGCGUCGCACGGUUGGCUAGCGCUGUGAAGAGUACGGGCAUUUUGGGAGUUGGAGCAAGAUGCCAAGCCCCAGCCACAUUAAGAGGAGCUCUUCUGACAGAUUUGGAGGCACACGAGUUAAUAUGCAGUGGACCAACAACAGCAAUCCCCGGCGAGUGCUCCGCCGAGCCGCGCUGCCCUCCACCCUGCCGCUGCACACCCGAGGGCACAGUUGACUGCAGAGAAAAACUUCUGUCCGAACUGCCUUCCACCAUCCCGCAUAGAGCUACUGAAAUUCGCUUAGAACAGAACGAGAUAACCGAGGUCGGCGCCGGCGCAUUUUCUACAGUGAAGCGGAUCGCGCGCAUUGAUCUGAGCAACAACAAGAUCACGAAGCUAGCUGCGGAUGCGUUUACUGGACUAACGCACCUUACUUCUCUGGUUCUAUAUGGAAAUAAAAUCAAAGAGUUGCCUACAGGAGUUUUCCACGGACUUUCUUCAUUACAGUUGUUGUUACUGAAUUCGAACGAAAUUACCUGCGUACGAAAAGACACCUUCCGAGAUCUUCAGAACUUGAAAUUAUUAUCUCUGUACGAUAAUAACAUUAGGUCUCUUCCCAAUGGCACUUUUGCUGCGUUGACCGGAAUACAGACUUUACACUUAGGUCGCAAUCCGUUCGCCUGUGACUGCUCCCUUCGCUGGCUCGCCGCUUACCUCCGAAAAAACCCUAGCCUUGAGACUUCGGGAGCCAAAUGUGACUCCCCGAAAAGGAUGGCUCGCAAACGAAUUGACGCUUUGAGAGAAGACAACUUUAAAUGCAAACCCGGCGAAGAGUCAGCCAACGCGUGCGCCGACGCGGCGGCGUGCCCGGCGCCGUGCUCGUGCGAGUACGCCGCGCGCGCCGUCAGCGUGGCGUGCGCGCGCCAGGGACUUGCUGAGGUGCCCAGGGACCUCCCACUUAAUACAGAUGCUCUAUUAAUGCCUGACAACAGUCUUGGGCAGAUCAAGUCAGACGGACUGUUUGGUCGGCUUCCUGACCUGAUCAAACUGGACUUUAGGAACAAUGGUAUAACAGUGAUAGAAGAUAACGCAUUCGACGGCGCUGCCAAUAUUCAAGAGUUGCUGCUGGACGGUAAUCUCCUGCAGACCGUCACUGACAAGAUGUUUUUUGGACUGCACAGUUUGGGCACUCUAUCUCUAACAGAUAAUAAGAUCAGAUGCAUUACUCCAGCUGCCUUUGAUCACCUGACUAUGCUUUCUACACUAAACCUGGAAAGCAAUCCCCUGGAAUGCAACUGCCACACGGCCUGGUUGGCGGGCUGGCUGCGCGUGCGCCGGCUCGCCCCGGGGGCCACCUGCGCGUCGCCGUCGCAGCUACGCCAGGCGCAACUGCACGCCCUCGACCAGGCAGACUUCAAAUGCGAACCGGAAGACAAAGGCUGUUUAGCAGCUGAUUAUUGCCCUGCGCAGUGUUCUUGCACCGGCACCGUCGUGCGAUGUUCCCGCGCACAACUGACUGCUCUACCCAACAAUAUACCAAGGCAGACAACUGAAUUAUAUCUAGAAUCCAACGACAUAACCAGCAUCUCAGCGGAGCAGAUCCAGCAUCUAACGCAACUCACUCGCCUGGACCUAUCCAACAACAAGAUUGGCGUGCUCGCGAAUAACACCUUCCAGGCACUCACGAAGUUAUCGACGCUUAUUGUCAGUUACAACAAGCUACGAUGUGUCCAGCGCGACGCCCUCAAAGGCCUGACACAGCUUCGCGUCCUGUCUCUCCACGGGAACAACAUCUCAAUGCUCGCCGACGGAGUUUUCAGAGACUUGGAGUCAAUCUCGCAUGUUGCUCUCGGUUCCAACCCCCUCUACUGCGAUUGCUCGACCCGCUGGUUGUCCGAAUGGGCCAAGAACGCGGGCGAAUACGUCGAGCCCGGCAUAGCUCGCUGCGCCGACCCGCCUGCCAUGAGAGACAAGCUCAUACUGAGCACGCAAUCUUCAGCGUUCGUUUGCAAAGGCAAGCCCCCAUCCGAAAUCGUAUCAAAAUGCGACCGCUGCUACAACAACCCGUGCCGCAACGGCGGCGCCUGCUCCGCAACCGCAUCCGGUGGAUUCAAGUGCUCUUGCGCAAGAGGCUUCCACGGCAUGACGUGUGAUGCGCAGAUAGACGCGUGCUAUGGGGAACCGUGUGCGAAUGGCGUGUGCCAGCUGCUUGAAGAAGGACGGUUCCACUGCUCCUGUCAGCCUGGCUACACCGGCGUGCGGUGUGAAGUCAACAUCGAUGACUGCGCCGCGCACCGCUGCCAGAACAACGCGACCUGCAUUGAUCAGCUUGAGGGGUACUCGUGUCAAUGCGCCCCUGGAUAUAUGGGCGACUUCUGCGAAAAGAAAAUCCCCUUCUGCACAACAGAGUUCAACCCCUGCGCCAACGGGGCAACGUGCAGCGACCACGGUAGCCACUACUCCUGCACCUGUCCCAGAGGGUACUCGGGGCAGAACUGCACCACUAAUGCUGAUGAUUGCGUCAAUCAUAUGUGCCAGAACGGUGCCACCUGCGUGGACGGCCUCGACGAGUACAAAUGUGUUUGCUCCGCCGGUUACGCUGGUCGUUACUGCGAGGCUGCACCUCACGCUGCACUUGGAACUUCUCCCUGUGCUCAUCAUGACUGUGUACACGGAGUGUGCUAUCUGCCCACUGUCGCGCUGGCGCUGCAGGACGACAUUAUGAUGGAGCGCAUGCACAACGCGCCGGGCGACUACCUCUGCAAGUGCGCGCCCGGCUACUCUGGCCGCCUCUGCGAGUACCUCACAUCGCUUACGUUCAAUCACAACGACUCGCUGGUCGAGCUCGAACCGCUGCGCACGUCACCGCAAGCCAACGUCACUCUCGUGUUCAGCACAACUCAACACCACGGUGUGUUAAUGUAUUUCGGCGACAAUGAGCACCUCGCUGUUGAGCUGUUCAACGGUCGCAUACGCAUCAGUUACGACGUUGGCAACCAUCCUACUUCUACCAUGUACAGCUUCGAAAUGGUUUCGGACGGCGCGUACCACAAGGCAGAAUUAGUCGCAGUCAAGAAAAACUUCACUUUGCGGGUCGACGACGGGCCAGCACGCUCCAUUAUCAAUGAAGGCAACAAGGAAUAUCUCCGGCUUGAACGGCCCAUGUAUAUCGGCGGCGUACCAGAAGAUGUCGCUAGGGACGCCUUCAGCAAGUGGCAUCUUCGGAACAUCACCAGCUUUAAGGGUUGUGUGAAAGAAGCCUGGAUCAACCACAAGCGCGUGGACUUCGUGAACGCGGCGCGCAUGUCGCGCACGGCGGCGGGCUGCGGCGAGGACGAGCCGGCGCCGCCCGCGCCGCCCGCCGUGCUGCAGGACCCCCACCACGCCCCGGAUCCAUGCGUGCCGAAUCCGUGUGCGCGCGGCGGACGUUGUGUGCGCGAGGACGGGCCGUCGGACUACUCGUGCCGCUGCCGCGCGGGCACCGCCGGCGCGCAGUGCGAGCUGCGGACAUCUAUCGGGGGCGCGCCUGUGAUCUCUCAGAAGAUGCCGCAGCGGAAGAUGGCCAUCAACAAUGUCCAAGCUUCACCAGCCGCCCCGUCUCACAAACAGCAGGCUGAGCACGCCCCCGCCGCUGCACCCAAUGGAGCCUGUAGAAAGGAAGCGACUCGAGAAUACAUAGUGGAAGGCAGCUGCCGCAGCCGCCGCGCUGUCCGCUCCGCGCGCUGCGCCGGCACUAGGAACGGUUGCGGCAAGCAGCACUGCUGCGCGCCGCGCAAGACCAAGAAGAGGAAGAUUCGACUGGUAUGCCCCGACGGUACACGCAUGAGCAAGGACAUCGAGAUAGUGCGCAAAUGCGCGUGUGGCAAAAAGUGCGCGAGAACCACCCCUUUCCACUAAAGACUGCGAUUUAGGUCCAAAGCAUUUCACCGACAAUGGCAUUUAAUAGGCUAAAAUCAGGCUAAGUUAUCCUCACAAGGCCCAAUGUCCUGUAAAAACUAAAUGUCCGGUCCUCGAAGAUUAUGGACGGUAGAGAAAGGACAACAAUCUCUCUCUUCUCUUCGACAAGUUUUAAUAAUAGUUCCUAAUCUCUCCGGUGGCGCUAGGUAGGCUCAUGGAUAUUACAUGAACCAUAGAUAAUAUAGAGAUGAAAUGGGUAGGGGCAACAAAUAACCCGACCAAAUUACGUAGGUUGUUUUUGGUAUGUUGUCAGGAAUUUUAAAACGUGUUUAAUUUUGUCGCAUUGCGUAUGUUCUGUAUCUCACGGGCGCACGCGUAUAGCACAUCUAUUUAAAAUGCUAGGUCUAUGACAUUUCAUUUCGGUGUAUUGUGGCGCCAUCUAUUUCAUGUUUUUUGAUGGACACUUUCCAUACUUAGAGAUUUUGCUCCUUUUUUGACACUCCAUAAAUCGAAGAUAUUUGUUAUACCUGAAACUUUAAAACAAAAUUUUUACUUUGUUAAUUAUCUACAGGAAUAGUCCUGCGGUGGCAGCAUGGUUCCAUUUUUAUCACCUGUCACAAUGCCGUUACUUUCGCACUUACAUACUUGUUAGAAGGUGACAGGCAUGGUGACAAAUGAUAAAGAGCCGACCAUCUUAGCCCUACUGGUCUAAUAAAAACGAAUAGUUGACUUUUCUAUUAAAUAUCUCAAUGAAACAAAGAAACUAAAAUGGGUUUUUUACUUGUAAAAUAAAUUGAAUGCCAUUUGUCUGUUCAUGUAAAUUGGGCCUAAAAAAAAUUAGCUGUCGACUUGUUAGUUUGCAUAUUGACUGAAUAGUGUAUGUGUAAACUAUCAAGUUUGCAGUUAUUUCUCCGUUUUAGUUUUUAACUGUCAACACUGGCCUUUUAAUGACAAAAUUAACUUCUUAAAUCUCAUUAGAAAAGCAAAACCCCCGAAAUAGUAGUUUUUUUUCUAAACUGGCAACAUUCUUGACAGGACUGAAGCAACGCGCCAACUGACAAUAAUUUUGAGCGUGCAACUUGUUUGUAAAGUGGAGUCCAAUAAAAAUAGCAAAUAAUGUAACUUCGUAAUCACGCACUGUUUGACGACAAUGUUGAUCUUAUCAACAAUUUAUAUACUUAAAUGUUUUAUUUGUGUAAUUUUUUUGUUAAAAUACAUGUUAAUUAAUAAAUUUUCAUUGAAAUCAACCUCCAAUGCAUAACAUUUUUAGGUUAGAUAUCAAAUGCCAACAAAAACUGUCACAUUUUUUAAAUUAUUUGCUUUCUCUAUUGGAUUUCAGUAUAGCGAUAGGUCACGGGUAGACUUGAUGAAAUAACGAAUUUACCAAAUGUACAUGUACGAACGUAGUGGCGGCCUAAAAACGUAAAAUGUAAAGGUUUUUCAAAUAUAUAGUGAACAUUUAGAAUUAUCUUUAGAGGUACCAUCUUAAAAUUAGUAGAUAUCAUGAUUUAUUUGCAUAAAGAUUAAAAAAAAAAUCUGAUACUGCUAUGCAAAUACGGAAAUAUGUUUUGAAAUAGAAGUUGAUGGUUAUUCGUUAUAUACACAGUUUUUCACAUUAAAGCACAUAAAAUACAAAAUAUUCUGAAAAUACCUACAACAUUGACAUGUAUUUAAGGAUUCUAAGGGCACUAAGAAUGGCGCUAGUUCAGUGGUGUCACUCUCGAAUUCGAGCCAAUCGUGUAGUCUAAUGCAACUAAUUGCGACCGAUCGCGCGCAUGAUGCGAACUCAUCUACCAAUCGCGUUGUGGCGUUAGACCGCACGAUUGGCUCGAAUUCGUGUGCGUGACACCGCUGUACUGGCCCCAUUUUAUAUGUAAAUGAUCUACAAUAUUUUAUACACGAAUGUAGGUAUCUACUGAUUUAUAGAUGGUAUUACCAAUAUUGUAAUAAGAACAUAACCUCACUUUUUAUAAAAUAUUUAAUAGGUACCGCGUGUAGAUUUAAAAUAUUCAUCACGGUAUUUUAUCACUCUAAAACUGUACUACCAGAAGGGUAUAUUCCCCAUAUUUAAUUGCAACAAAAACUUUGUUCGCAAAUAAAAAAAGCAAUGAAGUUUAAUUAUGUGUUCAUUUAAUGUAAUUAUAAUUAAUAUUUAUUAUUUUAAAGUUGUUUAAUUAGUAUUUGAUAGUUUUAAGUUAGUUAAUAAUAUUUAGCUUUAAUUAAUUCAUGAAUCAGUUUAAAACAGAAAUAUAUCGAGUCGAAAACUUAAGUCUUGCCAGCUCUCUUUGAAGUAUGCCAUAAUUUUUUAAAAUUCUACUUAAAAAUCAUUGUUUGGCCUGUCGUGGGCUUUAAAAUAAGUAUUCGUAUCACAAAGUUAAGAUAUAAUAAGCCAUGAUAAAGUAGUCAUAGUUAAUAUUAUAAAUGUACUCAUAUCCGUUUGUGACUGAAGUUCUUUUGUAAAAUAAAAAUAUAUAAAAUAUUUAUUGCCAUUUUGUUGCUAAAGUAGGCUUAUUAAUUGUAAAUUUAUUAGAUGUUAAGAGUAUGUAAAUCUUACUGUUUAGUGAAACGUGUAUUGCAUUCCGUAUUUAUUUCUACCAUUUUGGUAGUUUUAUUUUUCGUAUGUUACCCCUGGAGAUAAAACUACCAACCACUAGAUUAUAGCAGCAUAAAAUCUGUAAAAUGUUUUUAUAUGAACUCGAGCAGCAGUAUCGCAUUUUUUGUAUUUUUUUUUAUUAGACCUUUAAUUGCUAUUUGUCUCUUUACUAUUAUUUUUCAGAAGAGGGAAACGAUAACGCAACCUGGGCUCGUUUCAUAAAGGUUUUAGAAAGGACUUCCCUGUGUUUUUCAUAUUUACGUUACGUUACUUUUUUUGUAAAACGGGCACAUCUUCUAAUAUUAGUUUACUUAAAUAAGUUUCCAUUGCUGCUAUUAAGUGCUAUUUAUUGUCUGGUUUGACAUAAAAAAAAGAACUGUUAAAUAUUCACACAACAACGCAUUUAACGACCUAAAAUAUUUUAUAUCAGUAUUAAAAACUAACAAAAAACGAUAGACAAAUCUUUCAAAACCAUCCUAAGCCAUCAUUCAGUGUUGCCAUUUGAAAAUAUUCUUGCCAUGUCUUGCUUCAAAAAAGCUACCACAAAAUUGGGUAUGUAUAGUCCGUCGUAAGCUAACUUUACAUCGACUUUUAAGGGAGAGGACAUAAAAGUGCUGGCUUAAACGACAUGAUUAAUAGUACAUUGUGUAUUAAGGGCGGUAAACAAGAAUUUACGAACAAAGGUCAGGGCUUAAUUGACACGAAUUCGUAAUUCUUGUACCGCCCGUGGCACACACAAUGUUUUUCAUUACACUUGUGAGUAAAAAACUAAAUCAUAUGCGACAUAUUUCUUGAAUAUGGUGACAUUUCAAACAUUCGUCCGCCAUAUUGUCAUUUUUGACAGGAAAGGCUUCGAAGGCACAUCUAUUCGGCAUUCAGCCACGAUUGAAAAUUGUGUAAAUAAUAUUUUAAGUGGCUAUUAUAAAUGAAUCAAAUUACACAAACUAAACUAUUACAUUAUAAACGUCAAUAUUUUAAAAGUAAAACUCAUUUAUAUCUACUUGAUUCGUAUGGAUUAGUGACAUAAUUUAGCUCAUUUUCUCAGUAUGCUGGCAUACAAUAAUACCGUUUAGGAGCAAGUGUGAUGAAAAGGUUUUCUUAUAUUCAGUUAAUUAUGUCGUUAUUUAACAAUUUAAACGCCAAAUACAUCAACUGACGCCCGCGGCUACAACCCAAUAUCAACCUUCCUGCAUUAGGUUCAAGGUUCACGAUGACGUGAUGGCGUUCAAAGGCUUAUCUAUCUAUACACUUACCAUAUCUAUUUUCCGUAAAGGGCCAAUUAGCUACAUCCAUACGGUCAAAUCGGGACUGAUUUCGGGCCUGAUAAUCGUUUUCGUUUCACGGAACAUCAACACAUCGUUAACAAUAUUUGAAAUGUUAAAAAUCAGUCAGCAAUUGCCAAAAAUGUUUUAUAAUUUUGCAUAUAAACCAUUUUUUUACAAUUCAAAUAUUGUAAACGAUGUGCUGAUAUUUGGUGAAACGGAAAAAUAUUAUUUCUUGGGCCCGAAAUCAGGUCUGAUAUCUGGCCUGAUAAAGUGUGGACGUAAUUGGCACUUUAGGUUUAUACUAUUGAUCAGUAAAGUGUGGGCAAAGGUAUGGGUUUGGAUGGAUUUGUCUGUUUUAGUUUAAGUAGGUGUUAAGUGUUUUAAUUUGUAGUUCGAUGUGAUGCUUAAACACUCAUCUGUAUACUAUUCUAUUUCUGUGUUUUUUUGUCAUUGAUUUCAUGUUCUCCCAAUUGGUGAAAGAGAUAAAGUGGAGUUGGUCUUUCAAAAAAUAUCGAUUAAUUCUGUUUAUUGCUGUGAAUACAAAGAAAUAUACUUACUUGUUUUUUUAAACACAUACUUAAGUUGCGCGGUCAUGUGUAAUAUUUUUAUACCCAGUCAAACAACUUUGUCAGUAGAAAAAGGCGCGAAAUUAAAAUCCUCUAUGAGAAGAUAAACCUUAAGCGCUUACAUUUUUUUUUCAAUUUGCCGCUCUUUUCUACUAACGGAAAUUGCUUGAGACAGAUUAUACAUUUUUUUUAAAGAAAUAUAGAAAAAAGUAUAGUUUGGAGAUGAGUGGCUUAUAUCGAGUGAUGACGUCAUCGUCGCAUGCGCUUCUUAAUAAUUAAAAUAUAAUAAUUAUUGUCUAUGAACUUUAUAAUUUAUUUGAUGUAAUAAAAGAGGAUGUUAGAUAUA